CUGUUUUUCCUCCUCAACACACACACACACACACGCACACAAUGGAUGGGGCAGAAGAGAUGGACAUAGAACAACAACAACAAAAAUUACCCAACACUUCUAAGCGAUUUGGUAUCAAAAACUCAAUCCAAACUAACUUCCACGACGAUUACGUUUUCCAAAUCGUUCCCAAGAAUGACUGGACAUCAAUGGCAGUAUCACUCUCUACAAAUACAAUUAAAUUGUACUCUUUAGCUACUGGACAGUACAUUGGUGAAUGUAACGGUCAUUCUUCGACAAUCAAUCAAAUUACGUUUUCUGGUACUUCAUCGCCUCAUGUAUUGCAUUCUUGCUCUUCUGAUGGGACCCUCAAAGCUUGGGAUACUAGGUCUUUUCAACAGGUGUUUUCAGUUAGUGGUGGGCCUUCUCAAGAGAUAUUUAGUUUCUCCUUUGGUGGAGCUAAUCAUAAUCUGCUUGCUGCUGGGUGUAAUUCUCAGAUACUCUUCUGGGAUUGGAGGACCAAGCGUCAGGUUGCGUGCUUGGAGGAAUCUCAUACGGAAGAUGUUACUCAGGUGCACUUCAUUCCAGGCUAUGAUGAUAGACUCAUUUCCGCAUCGGUUGAUGGAUUGAUGUGUCUAUUCGAUACAGGUGGAGAUAUCAAUGAUGACGAACAACUGAUAUCCGUACUCAAUGUGGGAACCUCAAUUGGAAAAGUGGGAUUUCUUGGGGAGAAGAAUCAGAAGCUUUGGUGUUUAACUCACAUUGAAACUUUAAGUGUCUGGGACUUGAAAGACGAAACAACAGUGGCCAGUUUUGAGGAUGCUAGAUCCUUGGCCUCUAAGAGCUGGAUGGCAGACAGCGUUGACUAUUUUGUUGAUUGCCACUAUUCAGUGGAGGAAAACCGUUUCUGGGUGAUUGGCGGGACGAAUGGUGGUUCCUUGGGCUAUUUCCCUGUAAGUUAUAAAGAGACGCGAACAAUUGGUCCUCCAGAAGCAGUUCUGUGCGGUGGACAUGAAGGUAUCAUUAGGAGUGUCUUGUCUGGCGUACCAGGUGAGACCAUGGAUAACCACGGUAUCUUUGGAUGGACUGGUGGUGAAGAUGGCCGCCUUUGUUGCUGGUUGUCUGAUGGUUCUGAUACAUGCCAAUCAUGGAUCUCAACUCUUGCUCUGAAAUCAGAGAAGACCCGCAAAAAGAGCAGGCAUUCUCCGUAUUAGCAAUUUUUCCUUUGGCUAAAAGAUUAUGUUGUAUAUUAGUUCUUUAUAUUUAUCUGGCGUAUAUCAAUGUUGUCGUAAUUCAUCGGUCAGGCUUGCUUCAUUUUUGCAAAAUGCAGUCUUUCUUGGUUACUUUUGUGUUUUUAAUUAUUUUGGGAAGGUGCUUGAGCUCGUUAAGAUUGUGAGGGCUCAGAAGAGCCAAGUGUAAUACUACACCUUUGGUGUACCUUAAUGGAAGCUAGUGAUUGUCCAA